AUGCGCUCCCCAACCGUCUUCCUCGCGACCGCCGCGGUCGCUGUGACCUACGCACAGGCCCAGACCUUCCUCCAGUGUGCUCUGCUCACCGCCGGCACCGGCAUCCUCUCGGGCCUCACCAACCAGGUGUCGAGUAUUGGCUCGCCAGCCAACUCGCCUACUGGGUGCCCGGCGGCGUGCAAGGCCAACGUCCCCGGAUCGGUCUACUCCUUCUUCUUCCCCAUCGUCGGUGGCCUCGGCUCCUGCUACUGCGGCGGAGCCGCAAGCUCCCCCGGCGCAGGAUCCGUCUCGAUCGGAACAAGCUCAACUGGAGGGUGCCCUGUCGGCGAGUUUGACGUCGAGUACCUCCCCGCCACGCCCUUCACCUUCACUGGCUGCUUCUCCUCGGCCACGAUCACCCCCGGGACCUCCACCUCCAUCACCGACGACGCCUCGUGCUUCACCUCGUGCGCCGCUGGCGGCUACAAGUACAUGGCUCUCACGUCGGCCUUCAACAGCAACAACUACCAGUGCCAGUGCUCCAACACGGUCACUCCCGGUCCUGCGCAGACUUGCCAGGUCGGCUCGGUCCAGCUCUACACUUCGUCGACGGCGUCUGGCGCUGCCCGUCGCCGCCGCAACCUCCUUGCUGCGCAGGAGGCUGCACGCACCCGUACUCUCUGCCCUCCCUUCCAGACGGCGUGCACUAUCCCCGACUCUGAGCACAACUACGAAUGCGUCGACACGAGGUACGAGCUUGAGUCUUGCGGCGGCUGUGUUACUCCGAUCUUCGGCGCCCAGACUGGCAUCGCGCCCGCACGCAUUGGUACCGACUGCACCUCGCUCCCUGGCGUCGCCUUUGGCGGUGUGUCGUGUAUCCAAGGCAGGUGCCACAUUGGCCGCUGCGAGCCAGGCUACCAGCUCCUCCGCGGCAGCUGUGUGCCCGCCCUCUACUUCAACGGCAUGAAGCGCCAAGAGUGA